AUGCUCUCCUUAUCGGGCUUGGCGAGCGUAGACAUUGCAGUGGACCCGGCGACGCUGCCCAAGAUAGCCGAGCGGCUUCUUGGCCUCGCCAUCUACCGCCGCCUGCACGGCCACAGCUACGUUCCUCGCGACUACGUCGUGCCCGACGCCGAGCCGUGGCCCAUGACGCUGCGGUCCAAGCCGCUCGGCGCCGCCGUCACGAUCCUCCGCGCCGCCAGUUGCCAGCUCGAUCCGGCCGUGGAAACGCGCCUCGAGGGCCUUGGCUUCGUGUGGUGUCACGUAGACGCCCGCCCGGCGCCCGGUGCUUCAUGGGCCCGGUCGCGCAGCAGGAUCAUGGUCUCGUGGUCCGUCGUGCUCUCCGCGCUCGCCCGAUACCGCGAGCUGUACGGCCACGUGUACGUGCCUGCGAACUGGCCCGUACCAGAGCACGACGACUCGUGGCCAAGAGCGGCGUGGGGCAUCGACUUGGCGCAGGCAGCCCACACGCUCGACCUCCGCACCGCGCUCGCGCUCGGGGCCGUGUACGACGUGCCGCUCUGGGCCGACGUCCUCGCCAUGUUGACGAGAUACUGCGAGCACUACGGCGCAGCGAAUGUGCCGAUCGAGUACGUCAUUAAGAGCGCGCGCCGCAAGCGCAAGGCCGACGCGUCCUUGCCGUCGUGGUCGGCCAACUACGACGGGAUUCCGCUCGGCGAAGUCGCCAUGCGCGUCUGGCUCGUCUGUAUCCAGCUACCCACGCACCGACAAGAGGAGCUCGAGCGCGUUCGCUUUACCUUCAACACGUCAACGUCCUGGGCCAAUGUCAUGGCUGCCAAGGCCGUGUUUGCGAGCCUCUACGGACACGACCUCGUGCCUCUUUCAUACGUCGUGCCCAUGGCCGACGACGACGUGGCGUGGCCAGUAGCGAUGCGCGGCCUCCGGCUCGGGCACUACCUCGGCCUCCAAACGAUGACCCACGGCGAGAUCCACCGCGUCGCCGCCAAGCUCUCGGACCCGUUUGCGGACGCCAGCGACCAAGAAACCGCGUUUGACCGGCACGUCCUUAGCCUCCGGAUCUACAAGCGCUGCUGCAAGAACAACACGCUCGUCGACCGGGGCUUUGUCGUGCCCCACAGCGAGAAUGGGUGGCCGCGCAAGCUCUGGGGUCUCCGCCUCGGCGCCGUCGUCGCCAGCCUUCGACAUGACGGCGCGCUCCUCUCGGCAUUCCAGCGCGCGACCUUGAACGACAUUGGUUUCAUCUGGGACCCGGACGUCGCCGCGGCCUGGCCAGCUAUUGGUCAAGGAUUUGAGCAGUGGAAGGCGACGAUGGGCUGGCCCGACGCCUUUGUGUUGACGUCGUCGUCCCAAUGGCCAAAGUCGGUCGUCGGGCAGACGCUAGGCUACCUGUUGACGCUGCUGGAGGUCCACGAUGAUUUUGCUUCAAAGACGCAGCGCGAGACCCUGCGCCGUUUCUCGCUCGACAUCGAGCGUCGGUGGUCGACCAAGGUGCAUGCGCUCACAGCCUACUACGCCCGCCACGGCCACUUGCGCGUGUUGCAAAAUCAUGUCGAGCCGACCGAGAUCGACGAUGCGUUUUGGCCGGGCGGCAUGCCACUGGGCAGCGUUGUGUCGUGGCUCCGACAAGUGCCGCGAGCGGUUCUGCCGUACGACAAGCGCCGGCAGCUCGAGGCGCUAUCAUUCGAGUGGGAGCUCGUCAGCAGUGAUGACGCACCGGACGUGACCAGUCCGCCGUUGGUAGCAGAAAGCGACGUGAUCGUGAUCGAUGGCACCGUCUCUGUCAACUGGGCCAUGUGGGCGGUGGCGCUCACACAAUUCAAGGCCCACGAAGGACACGCCAACAUCCCGAGUGAUUACGUGGUGGGUGUCGACGAUGCGCGGUGGCCCGUCGCGCUGCGGUCGUUUCCCGUGGGUCCGAUUCUUGCGGAUGUUCGGUCCGACGUCGUUGUACCGCCGACGUGGGUGCAGCGUCAAGUCGAGAUCGUCGGCGUCGACUUGUCGCGUGGCACCGAGGCUCGUACGCCGACUAGGCGAUCAGUGCAGUAG